CGAUGCCACCGCCCACAUACUAGGAAGACUAAUGAAGCUUUUUUCUCUGCCAUGGCUUCCACUCUAUUCUUCCUUCUCUUCUCUAUUUUCCUUCAUCUUCAUUUUGAUUCUUCAAAUUCACAAAGUUGGAUCAAAGCUGGUUAUUGGUACGUUGGCAGUGAAUCUCCCAUUCCUGACAUAAACUCUGCUUUGUUCUCACACCUUAUAUGCGCCUUCGCUACUGUCAAUCCCUCCACUUACGAGCUUUCCAUCGCCAAAUCUGAUCAACAAUAUUUCUCCACCUUCACCAACAUCGUCAAGCGCAAGAACCCCUCGAUCGUCACUCUUAUUUCUGUAUGGAACGGACAGCCUGAAACUGCACAGGGUAUUUUGGGGAAGAAGGCGAACCAUUCGGUUCUCUCUUCGAUGCUCAGGAACGAUUCUUCUAGAAAGUCUUUCAUUCAGUCCUCGAUACAAACAGCUAGGCGACAUGGGUUUCAGGGCAUUGACUUGUUUUGGCUUUGGCCUCAAGCAGAAUCAGAUAUGACCAACUUGGGUAUUCUGCUUCACGAAUGGCGACUUGCUGUGGAUUCUGAGAACAGAAGCUCUGGAGAAUCGUCGUUGGUUUUGAGUAUGGGUCUUCAUUACUUGCCUACUGUUUUUGGGAAUUUGAGUUACCCUGUUGAUUCUUUGGCGAGGAAUUUGAACUGGGGUCAUAUUCUGGCGUACGAUUAUCAUCUUCCUUCACUGGAAAACUUCACGCAUCCUCAUGCUGCUCUGUAUGAUCCUGUGAGCCAUGUGAAUACUGAUUUUGGUGUAAGGCAAUGGUUGAGCAGAGGGUUUCCUUCUAACAAGCUGCUUCUGGGAUUGCCUUACCAUGGCUACGCCUGGGCAUUGGAUAGUUCCAAGGAAACUGCGAUUGGUGCUCCAUCAUCGGGUGUGGCUGAGACACAAGAUGGGUCUAUGAGCUAUAAGUAUAUCAAGUUGUAUGUACGGAGUUAUGGUGCUCCUACGUUGUACAAUGCUACUUAUGUCGUGAAUUAUUGUACAAUUGGUUCCGUUUGGAUCAACUUUGAUGAUGUUGAAGCUAUCAGAACUAAGGUUGCUUAUGCUAAGGAAAAGAAACUGCUGGGUUACAAUGUGUUUCAGGUGAUAAAUGAUGAUAAUUGGGCGCUUUCUGAGGCAGCUCAAGAAGAAGAAACUGAUCGUGGAAACAAACGGAGGCUAUUACUUAUUAUUUUACUUCCAGUUGCAAUAAUCAUCAUUACACUAGUCUUUCUUCUGUGCUGCUUCAGAAGCAAGUCAUUCAAAUCAAAAGUGAAGAAGGUAUUUGGUAAAAGCUCAAAAGGUCCCAUGUCAAAUGCUGAGAGCCUUGAAACAAGUGCCCCACAUCUUGAAGAAUUUAGCUUUGCCAUCAUAAGAGCAGCAACAAAUGACUUUUCCGUUGAAAACAAGCUAGGAGAGGGUGGAUUUGGUCCUGUCUACAAGGGAAAACUGCCAGGAGGACAAGAAAUUGCAGUCAAGAGACUUUCAAUGGCUUCUACUCAAGGACAUGAAGAAUUUACAAAUGAGGUUUCACUCACGGCGAGGCUUCAGCAUGUCAAUCUGGCUAGCGUUUUGGGAUUCUGCAUUGAGAGAGAAGAAAAAAUGCUAAUCUAUCAAUACAUGCCUAACCGAAGCUUGGACUUCUACCUUUAUGAUCCAAUUAGAAAAAACCUAUUGGAUUGGGGAAAGCGUGUUCAUAUCAUUGAAGGAAUCAUUCAAGGACUUCUAUAUCUCCAAGAAUAUUCAAACUUGACAAUAAUUCAUCGAGAUUUAAAAGCUAGCAACAUCUUGCUUGAUGAUAAGAUGAAUCCAAAAAUAUCAGAUUUUGGAAUGGCUAAACUUUUUAGAAAAGAUGAAGUUGAAGCAAAUACUGGGCGAAUUGUUGGGACAUAUGGUUAUGUUCCUCCAGAAUAUGUAAGAAAAGGCACAUACUCAAUGAAGUAUGAUGUUUAUAGCUUUGGAGUACUACUUUUGCAAAUCAUUAGUGGCAAGAGGAACAAUUGCUAUUAUGGCGCUGACGAGAACCUGAGCAUUCUUGAAUAUGCUUAUAAUACGUGGAAAGAGGGUAAAGGUUUGGAAUUUGUUGAUCCAUCUCGAGAAGAUUCGUCUUCUUCUUGCAAACUUCUGCAAUGUUUGCAUGUAGCCCUACUGUGUGUGCAGGAAAAUCCAGUAGAAAGGCCAACAAUGCUGGAGGUUUCUUCCAUGCUCAAGAAUGAAGCUGAGGCAAUUCCUUUGCCUAAAAGGCCAGCUUUCUCAACUAAAAGUGAUGAAAAAUUAGAAGAUAGAUCCUCAUCCACAUCACAGCAAGCAAGUUGUUCCAUAAAUGAUGCUUCAAUUUCCCAAAUAAUGGCCAGAUGAAGAGUAAAUUUGUCACUGCAGAAUCUGAAGAUCUUGUAAUUUGAUGUAGUGUUCUUGUAAAUAUAUGUGCUUUGCGCGCAAAUGACAUGAACUUAAGUCAAAUAUCUAAUUUAGAUGUUCUGAAAGUAGUGGGAACGUUUGGUGGAAGAAAAAGAAUUUCUCCCCAAAAUUAUGUAAUGAAACGAGGGAAUGAUAAUAUAGCAGAAAUGUCAAAAAUGAACUAAGCC